UACUAGUAGUGUGGUGUUGGGUCCUAAGACAUGCCCCAGGUUCAGUGAUUUGCUAGGUGACUCCCAGGACUGAACAUAAAGUGAUACUCACAGUUAUGAUAUAUUACAGUGAAAGGAUACAUAGCAAAAUCAGCAAAAGGAAAAGGCACACGGGGUGAAAUUUGGUAAAAAAUAAGCACAAGCUUCCAAGAGUCCUCUCCCACGGGAGUCACACAGGACACACUUAAUUUUUCUAGCAAAAAGAUUGACGACAUGUGUGAUGUGUUGUUUAUCGGGGAAGCUCGUAGAGACUCAUUGCCCAGGGUUUCUAUGGGGGCUGGUCACAUAGGCAGUCUCUGCCUGGCAUGAACCAAAAUCAGUAUAACCACAUUGUUUGUAUAAACAGUUUAGGUACAGUGAGCCACUUUUAUCAUUUCAAGAAGGUUUUAUGUAAGUGUAGGAAACAAGUUCUAAGUUCAAGUUCUAAGUUACCAGCCAAGAGCUAACCUUACAAGCAGGCUAUUCUAAGGAAUGCAAUCUCAGGUCUGAUGUGUUAACUCUUGGCCUUUGGCCAAAAUGUCUUUACAGCAAAAGUAUUGUCAGUAUGCCUCCCUCCACACCCCUUGCAGCAGGACAAGACUGACCUAUAGUUUUGAUCUCAGUUAUGCCUUGGAUUUAGCUAGCUAAAACAAAUCCCAUUUACCAUAAGGUUUACCUUAGAAAACCAAAUGGCUUUCUCCUUAAGUUUCUGUAUGAACCUUUUAAAAUAUGGCCUCCAGUGUCAACUCAGAAGAGCACAGCUAAGGCCAGUAAAUUGAAGCAGAUCUGAAAACCUUCCAGGAUUGAGGCAGUGUUAUGAUAGGGUAUAUACACAAAUAUAAUCCCAGAGGGUAUAUGUGGAACCCCUGGAAACAAAGAGUUUAAAAUUGUUAGGGUACCCCAAGCCAUGUAUACAUUAGUCAGCUAUUAUAGGUUUACCUGUGUGUGGCCUCCUACCAUGGGGCCUUUCAUUCUAGGGUUCCCAAACUAGUCUAGUUCAUUCAUUUCAGGCCUUGGUUUCAGGUUGACUGCCUUAAGGCAGUUAGUUCCAAACAGUUUUGCUUAUCCAUCACACCUAUUCAUUUGUUUCACUAGAGUGAAUGAUAUCUGGAGGUUUUCUGCAUGGGAAAUGAAGAAGCUGGGGCUGUUCCCUGCUGUCUCAUAGUGCCAUUAGGUGUGAUGGUAAGCUUGGCAGUCAGUUUCAUUUAAAAGUACUCACGCUUUUGGAGGAAGACAUGGUCGCAGGUGCAGCAGAAGCAUGGUGUGCCUGCUUCUGCUCCCGACUUACCGCUGUUCGCUCUUGGUGAGGAACAGGUCAGCGCAGCUAUGGCUUUUAAAAAUACUGGAAAAACACCCGUGGAGCCAGAGAUGGCAGUUCACCAAAUUAGAAUUACGCUAACUAGCAGCAACGUAAAAUCCAUGGAGAAGGUGUGUGCUGACUUGAUCAGAGGCACAAAGGAAAAUAAUCUCAAAGUAAAAGGACAAGUUUGGAUGUCUGCCAACACUUUGAGAAUCACUACAAGAAAACCACCUUGUGGUAAAGGUUCUAAGACUUGGGAUCGCUUCCAGAUGAGAAUCAUCAAGCGACACAUUGACUUGCACAGUCUGUCUAAGAUCGUUAAGCAGAUUACUUCCAUCAGUAUUGAGUGAGGAGUUGAGGGUUGAGGUCACCAUUGCAGAUGCUUAGGUCAACUGUUUUAAUAAAUUGAUUACCAGUUGUCAAAAA